GCGGAAGUGACGCAGUGUGGUGGAGCCGCAGUGGUUUGUUGUUCUUCUUCUUCUGUGUGGAACUUGGGUCUCUCUCUUCUGACCAUGUACUGCUGCCUGGUAUCCGCACUGUGUUCCGCACUGUGUGGGUUCGUAGCCCUGUUUCUACUCAUCCACCUGUUGGCUUUUGUUUUCGGGGAUGCAGACUUCACGCUGCUGUGGGCCAGUGUGACAGGGAACAGUCCUGAGACCAAGUUGAAAGGCCUGGUGGUGUGGAUCACUGGAGCUUCCAGUGGUAUUGGAGAGGAGCUGGCCCAGCAGCUGGCAAAGUGUGGAUCACGACUCAUCCUGUCUGCACGACGUGAGGAUGAGCUGAACAGGGUCAAACGUUGCUGUUUAGACAACUCCAGCCUCCAGGAUGAAGAUAUUCUCGUUCUUCCACUUGAUUUGUUGGAGAGGACAUCGCAUGAGGAAAAAGCAAAAGCCGCAAUUCAACACUUUGGACACAUUGACAUCCUAAUCAACAAUGGCGGCCGAAGCCAGCGCUCCCUGUGCAUAGACACCAGUCUUGACGUGUACCAGGUCUUGAUGGAGCUCAACUUCCUGGGCACGGUCUCCAUCACCAAGCAGGUGCUGCCUGAGAUGACACGGCGAGGAACUGGGAGCAUUGUGACCGUCAGCAGUUUGGCUGGCCUCGCUGGGGUGCCCCUGUCAACUGGAUACUGUGCCAGCAAACAUGCUCUUCAGGGUUUUUUUAAUUCCCUUCGAACUGAACUGUCUGACUAUCCAAACAUACUCAUCAGCUCAGUGUGUCCAGGGCCUGUGCAGUCACAGAUUGUCCAAAAUGCCUUCACAGAGGAGCUGAACAAGCCUCUGGCCACAGCUGGUAAGCAGGAACACAAGAUGCCGACAAGUCGCUGUGUGCAUUUAAUGCUGGUGGGAAUUGCCAACGGGGUCAAGGAAAUGUGGAUCGCACAGCAGCCCUUCCUCCUGUUUUACUACGUCUGGCAGUACGCUCCCACAUUGGCGUGGUUCAUAACUGACGUGCUGGGCAGGAAAAGGGUGCAGAAUUUCAAAGCUGGUGUGGAUGCAGACUCUGGAUACUUUGGUAAACCCAAGAGGUCCUGAUAGUCAUAGUGAAGUGGAAACGUGUUUGAUGCAUGUUUGAUUGAUGUGUUCUCCUGCUCAGUUUUAGGGUUUUUAAUCUUCAUUUUGGUGGGAAACAAGGGAACUAGAAAAUCUUGUAUUUACAUGUCCUGAUAAUGUGUAUGUAACCAUAUAACCAUAUGUAAGAAUGACAAAGUUAUCCGGUGUGAUUGGCCAAUAAAAUUCAGUUUUGAUAGUU